UUCCGGGAUCUGGCGGGGCCUUUGUCUUGUGCUCCAGCUGGAGCUUCGGUACCGUAUUCUCGGCUAUUUAUCCUCAGCUGCGGGAGGCCCUGGUGACUCUGCUGCUGCAGUGUCUGGUUUCCCUGUGACCUGCAGGUACUGGGAGUUACAUAGCUAAGAUGCCAGGACACCCCGAAAGCCGGAAAACGGGACUAUUGGCAUUCAGUGAUGUGGUCAUAGAAUUCUCUCCAGAGGAGUGGGCAUGCCUGGACCCUGCCCAGCGAAAUUUGUAUAGGGAUGUGAUGUUCGAGAACUACAGAAACCUGGUCUCCCUGGCUAUUUUAUCAUAUUCCAUUCAAGACCUUUUGCCAGAGCAGGAUAUGAAAGAUUUAUGCCAAAAGGUGACACUGACAAGACAUAGAAGCUGGGGCCUUGACAAUUUGCACUUAGUGAAAGACUGGAGAACUGUGAAUGAAGGUAAGGGGCAGAAAGAAUAUUACAAUAGACUUACUCAAUGUUCGUCAACUAAAAGCAAAAUCUUUCAAUGUAUUGAAUGUGGCAGAAAUUUUAGCCGGAGAUCAAUCCUUAGUGAACAUAAGAUAAUUCAUACUGGAGAGAAACCAUACAAAUGUGAAGAAUGUGGCAAAGUUUUCAAUCGAUGUUCAAACCUAACCAAACAUAAAAGAAUUCAUACUGGAGAGAAACCCUACAAAUGUAACGAAUGUGGCAAAGUUUUUAAUUGGUGGUCACAACUAACUAACCAUAAGAAAAUUCAUAGUGGAGAGAAACCCUACAAAUGUGAUGAAUGUGGCAAAGUUUUUAAUUGGUGGUCACAACUAACUAGCCAUAAGAAAAUUCAUAGUGGAGAGAAACCGUACACAUGUGAAGAAUGUGGCAAAGCCUUUACCCAGUUCUCAAACCUUACACAACAUAAGAGAAUUCAUACUGGAGAGAAACCCUACAAAUGCAAAGAAUGUUGCAAAGCCUUUAACAAGUUCUCAAACCUUACUCAACAUAAGAGAAUUCAUACUGGAGAGAAACCCUACAAGUGUGAAGAAUGUGGCAACGUUUUUAAUGAGUGCUCACACCUAACUAGACAUAGAAGAAUUCAUACUGGAGAGAAACCCUACAGAUGUGAAGAAUGUGGCAAAGCCUUUACACAGUUUGCAAGCCUUACUCGUCAUAAAAGAAUUCAUACUGGAGAAAAACCCUACCAAUGUGAAGAAUGUGGCAAAACUUUUAAUCGGUGUUCACACCUAAGUAGCCAUAAGAGAAUUCAUACUGGAGAGAAACCCUACAAGUGUGAAGAAUGUGGCAGAACCUUUACUCAAUUAUCAAACCUCACUCAGCAUAAAAGAAUUCAUACUGGAGAGAAACCCUACAAAUGCAAAGAAUGUGGCAAAGCAUUUAACAAAUUCUCAAGCCUUACUCAGCAUAAGAGAAUUCAUACCGGAGUGAAACCCUACAAAUGUGAAGAAUGUGGGAAAGUUUUUAAACAGUGCUCUCACCUAAUUAGCCAUAAGAGAAUUCAUACUGGAGAGAAACCCUACAAAUGUAAAGAAUGUGGCAAAGCUUUUUACCAAUCCUCAAUCCUUAGUAAGCAUAAGAGAAUUCAUACUGAAGAGAAACCCUACAAAUGUGAAGAAUGUGGCAAAGCCUUUAACCAGUUCUCAAGCCUUACUCGUCAUAAAAGAAUUCAUACUGGAGAAACGUACAAAUGUAAAGAAUGUGGAAAAGGUUUUUACCAAUCCUCAAUCCAUAGUAAGUAUAAGAUAAUUUAUACUGGAGAGGAACCUGACAAAUGUAAAAAAUGUGGCAGUCUUUAAAAACUGCUAACAUUAUACAUGGCUUCAGUAAUUUCAUACUGAAUAAAAGUGGUAUGAGCAUAAUGACUGUUUAAGGAUGUUUCACAAAAUGUAAACUUCAGAGUGCAUAACACUGUACUGAAUGAAAUUUAUAAAUAUAAAAGAUUACAAUACCUUCAUUUCAAAGAUCUUCCUGUAAAUAGAAUCUGUACUAGAGGAAAAACCCUUAAACAAUUAUUCAGACUUUAUUCAACUUUAGAGGAUUUUAUGGGGGUAAAAAACUUCCUACAAAUGUGGAAAAACAUUUUUUCAAGAUAUAUACCUUAGAAAACACUAGAGUUUAUCGUAUAGUAGAAUAUAUUUUACAGAUACAGUGAAUACAAACAAAUGUCCAAAAUUAAGUCUAAAUAAAACAUUACAUAAUUUACUGUAGAAAGUACUAAGGCACUAACAGUUUCAGAUGUUACUUUAAAGAAGUGUUGAUUGUCGAGAAUCAUUCAAAGUUAAAAUAGAUAAUUUAGUUGUAUGUAAAUUUAAAUGAAUCAAGAGAUGAUGUCUUUUUGAAGUGCAGUUACAUUCACGUUAUACUUUUUUUGCAUUAAAAGUUUUUAUAUUUUUGAUUAUAUAUUUUAAUAUUGAUGUAAUUCAUAUCUCAAAUAACUUCAUUUUAUUAUAUUUAUUGUUUAUGUUAAAGUAUGUGGUCAGUUGUUGCUGCAUAAGAGCUAUGAGAAGUUCUUCUAUAUUAGAUGACCAUCAUUUAUAUACUUUUUCAUGAAUGAUUAAGGGUGCUGAAAUGUAACAUUUAUAAGGAAAAUCUAAGUAGAAAUGCUUUUUGUUGAUGUAUAACAGUGUUUUAAGUAACACAUUAGGUAUUCAGAGAAGUAUUUUGCAUUAUAGUAAUAGGGAAACAUUUUGAGUUUUAGUAAUAAAUUGUUUUAUGAGUCGCACAUUAAGGUAAUACAGUAGUUUUUGAAAUGUUAUUUUUAGAAUGCAAUUUCUUUUCAUAAAACAAAAUGAUUUUUAAUGUGUUAAGAAUAUUUUGCAUUGAAUGAAGUAUAUCUUGCCACAAUAAUUAACCUAUACCACCUUACCCAAAGUUGUAGAUAACAGAUAGUAACAAUACACUACUGGGUAACAGUGAAAGGACACCUCUAGUAAUCUCUUUUCCCAGUGGCUUUUAAUUUCAAACAACUUGGGGAAUUUUUUUUAUAUGACAUGCUUUGGUUUUUUUGUACCUUACCUCAUGUUGAAAUGUGUUCCCCCAUGUUGGAGGCGGGGUCUAGUGGAAGGUGUUUAGGUCAGGGAUGUAGAUUCCUCAUGAAUGGAGUGGUGUUCUUACCACUGCAGUUAGUGUGUUCUCUGUUAGUUCAUGUGAAAGCUGGUUGUUAAAAAAAAAAAAAAAAGCUGAUAUUCCUCUCGCUUUGUCUUUUGCCAUGAUAUCCCUUUGCCUUUUAUCAUGCAUGAAAGCUUCCUGAGGCCUCAUCAGAAGUUAAGCAGAUGCUGAUUUCAUGCUUGUAUAGCCAACAGAACUGAGGCUAAUAAACCUCCUUUCUUUAUUAAUUUGCCAAUGUUAAGUAUUCCCUUCUAGCAGCACAAAAUGGACUAGCAUACCAUAGGUUAUAUUUUUAUUUUUUUCUUUUGUAAAUACUGGACAAUGAUACUCUUAUAUAAUCUUCAGUAUAACCAUUAUAAUUGCUCACUAUAAUGAUAAUCAUAAAGGAGUAUAAUGAAAAGCCAUGUAUUUUGAAUCCUGAAUGACUAUUUACAAAAGGUCAUACUACAUUUUUCUUUGAGCCUGUGACCUCUCUGGCCUGUAAAAACACAUACAUACAUUUAGUUUUGAUUAACAUGGAGUUCAUUUUAUAAGUCUAUCACUCUAAACGUAAGUGUUAGCUUUAAGAGAAUUAUGGAGCAUGUAAUUGUGUUUGAGUCUAGGUGUGUACUUUUUUGAGAAGAAAAAGAUAUUGGAACAAAAUAUAAUUUAAAAAGUAUUGGUAAUUUACUAGCAAACUAGGAAUCUCAAAGAUUCUGAAAGUAAAUAUUUAUUCUCUGCUUUGUAUUGAAUUUACUUCUGUAAAAUCUUAUGGCUGCUGGCUCAGAAUCUUCUCAUGCAAAUCCUGUUUUUUUCUUGUCUGUUGAUCAUACUAAACCUAAUGUAUAGUUUUCUCAUUCCAAAGUUCAUGAAAUUUUCUCUAUAUUCCUGAGAAAUUCUAAGAAUAACUUUCAUAAAAUGUAUUAAUGUUCACAAGAUAGUUUUAAGAUAUAAUUCUACAAUGUGUGUGUUGCUACAUUUUAUUUAAUUAGUACAUUCUAUUUUUGUGUUUCAAUUGGAGAACCCUAUUUUGGCCAAUUUUUACGUGGUUUUUGUUUCCAUUUUAAUAUUUUACAUAAUUGAAUUUUUUUCACUUUAUUGAGCCACUUUGUUUAGAUGUACACUGGGAAGGCUUCAUAAUUCACAGUUGUUUUGACAUAUAAAUGAGGUGAACAAACACAGGAAAGUGCUAGGUUUCCUGGGGGUAUAACAGAUACUCGAUAAUUAGCAGUAAAUAUUCUUGUUUAAGUCACUUUUUGGCUGCAAGUAAGAGAUUAGAAAUAUUCAGCAUAAAGAGAUGGCAUUAACUCUGCAUGUAAAGAAAACACAUGUAUACCCAGGCUGUACAACUGCCUCUGAAAUUAAGAGGAAUUGUGCUUAUUUCAUAGUUAUCUCUGGUACUUCACUAUUAUUUUAUUUUCACCCCCAAUUAUGCAUCAGUCAUAGCCCUUUCCCUUCUUUGCUUAUUAUGGCUACAGAUUUCUCACAGUUCUCUGCAGUCCAUGUAAUUUCACACAGUAUUUUGUAGGUUGUGAUAAGAAAUUUGAAAUUUUUAAUAUAGUGAAAAAUUGGAUCUAACUGGAGAGUUUGAGGACAUUUUUAAGUUACAAAUGCACCAUUUGAAUCAUUUAAUUGGCAUAAUUGGGAUGUACUCUACACAGUUUAUAGGAUUAAAUUACUGAGUUAGUAAUGUUUGUAUGAAAGAAAUGUUAUUAGAUUCUACCACAAAAUGUGGUAAACAUGAAAUCAGUUAGAAUCAGUAAAGCAUUAAUAAUGGUAGGCUAUAUAUCAUAAUCACUAUAUAAAGAAACAUCAGAAUUUGGAAACCCUUUAAGCAAAAAUAUAUCUUAGAAAUCUUAAGGACACUUAAUGGCAAGCAAAAAAGUUUAAAUUUAGUUUUUUAUAAAUUACAUAUAGCACAAUUUAUGUGUACAUGUAGAAUCUUUUAGUUUUUAGUGUUUAUGUAAUAUAUUAGGCAAUAAUAAACAUUUACAUUUAUGUUUACAUUUAUAUUUAAUUUUUUGAAUUUAAUUUAAAUUUCUAAAUGCUUCUGUGGAUUUAAAUUUUGGAAUAAUCUUUUCUUCCCCAUUGAUACUGGAAUCUUGGGAAGUUUCUUACUCAUAUCACAAUAUGUUUUAUUCAAAUGGGUGCAGCUUACAUUGCAGAGUUUAUAUAAAUAAUCACAUAACAAGCCACUUCCUUAGUCAUUUUCUGUAUUAAAAAACUCAGAGAUCUAGAGAGCUUUUGGAUUGAAAUAUUUCCUUGGUGAUUUUGGAUGCAAACCUGAUUUCUGUGUUCACACCAUGGCCAGAGAUGGGACUGUUAGCACCACCUGCUUCUUUAAUGUCAUCCACAUGAUCAGCAUCAGCACCAGAAACUCCAGGUGUCCCAAACUUAAAGUGAAAGCCAUAGAGUCCAUUGGUGACUCCCAUGUUCUGUGCUGGUUCUAGAACAUGCUGGUAAAUAUCAGAGUUUCUAUGCUUAUAGCUGAUAAGUAGACAUUUUUAAAAAUCAUAAAAACUGUAUUUUCUAUAUAGUUCAGCUAAGUUUGUGAAAAAGAUGCAGACUCAGUAUUUGGAGCAUUGCUAUUGCUCCAUGAUGUGUUUAAAAAUUAUUUUUAAAUUGACAAAAUUAUAUAUAUACAUAUAUAUAUCUUGUAACACAUGAUGUUUGAAAUGCUUAAUUCUAGCCAAUUAAAAACUCUUUACCUCAAUAGUUAUUUUUAUUGUGAGAACGCUCAACAUUGUCUUGGCACUUUAAAAAAUAUAUAUAUAUAUUCUCAAUAACUGUAGUCACUCUGCACUACAAUAGGUCUCUUGAACUAAUUCCUUCUAGCUAACAGGCAUUGUUUAUCAUUUAACAGAUAAUUCUCUAAGCCCCCUUCUAAAACUUCAGCAUCUCUUAACCUUCUUUCUAGUCUCUACUUUAUGAGAUCAACUUGUUUAGAUUCCACGUGAGUGAGACCGUGAGGUAUUCAUCUUUCUGUGUUCUGCUCCAUUGGUCUAUUUAUCUGUUUUUAAUGCCAGUAUUGGACUGUUUCAGUUACUGUAGCUUUGCAGUAUAUUUGACUGUCAAGUAGUGCAAUGCUUCCAGCUUUCAGAGUCUUUUGCUGUACUAUAUGAAUUUUUGUUUUUUUGUUUUUGUGAAAAAUUUUAUUGAUAUUUUGAUAGACAUUAUGUUAAAUAUAUACAUUAUUUUGUGUAACAUAGACUUUUUAGCAAUAUUAAUUUGGCCAAUUUAUGAAUAAGGGAUAACUUUUCAUUUAUUUGUGUUUAAUUUUAUACCUUGAUUUUCUUUAGCUUUUAAUGUAGAGAUCUUUAACAUUUUUGAAUAAUUUUAUUUGGAAGUAAACUUUUUGUAACUAUUGCAGGUGUCAGUUGUUUUCUUUCUUUUUCAGAUAGUUUGUUGUUAGUGUAUAGAAAUGCCACUGACCCUUAUAUUUUGAUUUUGUAUCCUGCAACUUUAGUGAAUUUAUUCUAAGUGUUUUUAAAGUUUUCUAUUUAUAAGACUGUGAUAUCUGCAAACAGGGACAAUUAUUUUCUUUCUUUCCAAUUUGGUUGUCUUUGGUUUUGUUUUCUAAUUGCUGUGGCCUGGAAAUUCAGUAGCAUGUUAAAUAAGGGUGAUGAAAUUAGAUAUCUUUGCCUUACUAUAACUCUUAGAAAAAAAGGCUUACAACUUUUGAAGGUUUAGCAUGAUGUCAGAUGUCCAUUUGUCAUAUAUGGCCUUUAGUGGCUUGAGGUAUGUAUGUUCUAUAUGUAAUUUGUUUUGAGAUUUUGUCAUAAAGUAAUGUUGAAUUUUCUAAAAUUCUUUUUCUGCAUUCACUUAAAAGUUAUAAUUGGUUCUGAGAUCCUUCAUCUUUGUCAGAAUCUAGGAGGAUGCAUCUAUACCUAGAGGAGGACACGAAGGCAUCAUAUGUUACAUUCUUGUGACAUAUAAUGUCUACUGCUUAUAAUGUCUACUGUGAGUUUCUGACUCCCCAAAUGAAAUUGAGGCCCAGAAACUCUCAACUGCUUUGUUCAUUGAAUAAUGCCAAGUGUCUAGAAAUGUGACUAUUCAGAUUAAACGCUUAAUGUGUGUGUGUUAACUAAAUAAAUCUCAACCAGAACCUUCUCAGAUAUUUUGUUGAACGUGGGACCUUUUGUUUUGUUUUGUUUUGUUUUACCAGCAGGGGACCCCUGUUUUGUCUGUCAAGAACAAAGACCAGGCAAAAGAAAUGUCAAACCGCAUUUAGAAAUGCAAAAAUGGACUUGCUUUUGAUAUGCUUUUCCCAACAAUAAGGGACAUGAGUCAUUGGGGCAUGUUACAGAGAGUUUCAGUAAAAUUCAGAAAAAAAUAAUAAAUAUGAACAGCCACAGCAUGCCCAGAAGCCUUUUUAUGGAGCCAGGCAUGGUUGACCUGCUUUCCAUGUCUCAAAACAUUAGUCCCUACAAGAACCCUAUGAGGUUUAUCUUCUUUUCACCCAUUUUCAGAGAAGAAAAGUUCAGCUCAGAGAGCUACAGGAACAUUGGGGACAUCUCCAAGACACAGCCAAUAGGUGGCAGUCAUCAGUGUGUUUUGGAAGGGACAAACAUUGAGCUUCUGAACAGCUACUCCAGGAACUAUGGUGCUGUGGUGAAGUCCUGGUUAGGAGCCUAGGAAAAUGGUGAAGGAAAAGAUGGUCCCAGCCUGCAAAACCAAAGUCAGGAACUCCACCAGCAUCUCCCUUCUCCCUAGCCUGGUGGUCCACAUCAUGCAGAUUUACUCUAGAUUCAACUUAGACUCAUUUUUAUACUACUCAGGGGACAAGGAGGGAACUACAGUCAGUAAUAGCAACAUGAGCCUCAGGUGCUUUGGGGAUUGAAAUUCAGACCAGGAAAUUCCAAUACAUCAGUGCAUAUGGAGGCCAUGCGUAUUUAAGGAGAAGGUUCUAGGCUUCCAAAGUAAAAUUGAAUGUGGAGGUUGGGGCUUGAUUCAAACAUUAAUACUUUUGAGACAUUUUUAUGGUAUUUGUCAGCUGUGGAGCAACAGCACACAUCUGUAUUAAUAGCCUGUGUUAAUAGCCUCAUCGUAGAAAUGAGAAAACACAGGCUUUUGCACAUGAAAUGGCUCCUCAAAGCAUGUGGUUCAGAAUUGAGAACGUGCAGAGUGAGAGUGGUAUGAAUUUUCCUGUAAGCUACCUAUAAGCUACCUGAAGUUCUGUUUGCUCUCAUGUGGAGGAAAAGAGCCUUGAAGAAGUUUUAUUUUUUUCUUUGUUUGGAAAGAACACACAGAGCAAGAUGAUUUACAAUAACCCUUUUGACCUAACACACAUACUUGUUUUCUUUAACAUUAAGGGGAGUCUUAAGAAACCCCAAAUAAGUAUUAAAUGACUGAAAGGUGACUCAAACUUAUCUGUUAAACAACUGGAAAUGCAAGGAAUUACAUUAAUUUCUUUGUCACACAGACACCAGAUUGGCAAAAAAUUAAGUCUUAACAUUCAAGGGAGGCUGGAUGUAGGGAACCAGCGAUAUUGAGAGACUGCUGGGGACAAUAUACUUGCCACAGCCCUUUUGGAAAGUAAUCUGGCUGUAACUAUUAAAGUUUUACCCAUGCAUAUUCUUUACCAAGUUACCCCUUUCUGCAGGUGAUUACUAUAUAUUAUGGGCUGAAUUGCAUUUUCUCCCAAAAAUGUUCAGAAUGGGAAUAUAUUUGGACAUAUGAUUUUUAUAGAGUUAAUUAAGGUUAAGUGAGUUUAUUGGAGUGAGCCCUAAUCCAAUAUGACUGGGGUCUUUAUAAGAAGUGAUGGUAAAGAUACAGAAACAGAAGAUCCUGUGAACACAGCAAUGGAAGACAGCCAUCUACAAGUCAAGGAAAAUGGCCUCAGAAAAAACACCCCAGCCAUAGCUUGAUGUCAUAUUCCUAGCCUCCAGAAUUGUGAGAAAAAAAAAAUCUGUUAUUAAAGCCUUGAGUUUGUGAUGCUGUAUUAUGACAGCGUAGCAAACUGUUAUAGUUUGUUAGGACACAUACAAUAUGUUUCCUGCAGCACGACUGAAGUGGAAAUAAAAUGUCUUCAUGCCAGUUUCCACCAGCAUUGAAAGGCUGAACCACUGUGGGAAACAGCUUUGAUCAUGAAAUAACAUAAAGACGUGAUAUCAAGACAUGUAAGGGCAGAGCUCCUGCCCUGGUGGGACUAUAGGCAUGAGUUCUCUGAGAUGACACAUUGCAGAGAAAUGCAUAGGAUACCUUAACCUUUUUGGUUUAACCCCCGGCUCCCCUUUUGUAAACACUUCCCUUAUAAAAAUACUGGUGUGUAAGGUAUGGAGAAGGAGCUGUCUGCUAUAAGAGAUACCUAGGUGCAGUUAUUUAAUAAAAACAGCAACAUGCAAAGAUA